CCUUCGCCCCAGCUGCUCCUUGUUGCAGCCUUGGCCGGGAUCCUGAGUCCCACUGAGGUGGUGGCUGAGCCGGCGGAGGAGGCAGGUGCCCGUUGUCCUGAGGGCCUGUGGCCUCUGCCCCCUCAGGUGUCACCAAGAGUGACCUACACACGGGUGAGCACAUGGCAGGCUGAGGAUGUCAGUUUCCUCUACCAUCCCUGUGCCCACCCCUGGCUGAAGCUCCAGCUUGCCCUUCUGGCCCAUGUUUGUGUGGCCCAGCCCUCACUGGCCCCUGACUUCAGCCUCACUAGGGAUCGGCCCCUGGUGCUGGCAGCAUGGGGAGUGGCGCUGGAGAUGGCAUGGGUAGAGCCAGCCUGGGCUGCCCACUGGCUGAAGAGGAGGCGGAGGAGGAAGCAGAGGAAGGAAAAGGCAGGGUUCCACUCUGACAGCCUUUCUGAGCCCUCUCCCUUAGUGCCAACACCGGGCAGAGGGAAGCCGUCUCGGAGAGGGUGUGUGCAGGCCCCAGCUUUGGCCUUUACUCUGCGGAGCUGGCGGCCCCCAGGCAGAGAGGUGGCAUCUAGAGGGUUCAGGCAGCUCUCUCCUGGUGGUGCCAAGAGGCGUGGGCUGCGGGCUGCCCUUGGUCUCCAGCCUACCCCUUCAGUCCUGAGGUUCCCCUCCGCAUUCCCAUGGAGCUUGGAGGCCAGGCAGCCCAUAUUAGGAACCCCGGGUGAGCAGGGUAAUGCCCCUUCUGUGCCCACUGCCGCACUGCUGCCUGGGAGGCCUGGAGGCAAUGCCAGCUCCAGGAUAGAGGCUCAGGUACCCAAAGCGCAAAGCAGCCCAGGUGGCUGUGCCUGUCCAAGUCAGGCUUCCCGGGCCCCUCAGGCAGCAGCACCUCCGAGGGGGGCCAGGGGCCCCACCCCACGCACGGAAGAGGCUGCCUGGGCUGCCAUGGCCCUGACUUUCCUGUUGGUGCUGCUCACUCUGGCCACACUCUGCACUCGGCUGCACCGAAACUUCCGACGCGGGGAGAGCAUCUACUGGGGGCCCAUAGUGGACAGCCAGGACACAGUCGCUGCUGUGCUGAAGAGUAGGCUGCUGAUGCCUCCGCGCCGGGUUAAGCGCUCGCGCCGGAGACCCCUCCUCCCACCCACGCCGGACAGCGGCCCGGACGGGGACAGCUCCGACUGACCUGACCCAGCCCUGCCACUGUGGCAGGUUCGGCCCCUCCUCCGGCCAGAAGGCCACGACCUCUGCCACGUGGAUUGCACCCAGUGUUGCCCUCUGGUGGCCAGAUGGAGCAGGCCUGCUUAAACAUUUGCAGAGGGGUUCUUCCUUAAUGUGUAAGGUUAGUGGGGAGAGGUAGCCAGGGGAGAAAAAGCUGUUUCAGUCUCCCUUACUAAAACUCCUUGUAUUUCUAAUUAAAUUAUUUUAGUAGA